AUGAAACUGGCUCCCCUGAGCUGGCUGCAUAGCAACUGUCUCAGGACUAGGCUAGGAGACCAGGGCUCUAGUCCUGCUCUGCUGACUGCCUCCCUUUUCCCUCCCAGGGACAACAACGUCUGCAAUAAAGUGACACAAAAUAAGAACGAGCUCCAGGAGGCUCGGUGUCCCAAGGAGAAGCUGGAGUCCAAGAAAUUAGAGUCCACAGAGGAGCCUAAGGAGAUGAAGCCCAAGAAAUCGAAGCCCAAGGUGGGGUCAGGUAUGAAGGACAAGGCAAAGAAGUCACCUGAAGUGGUGCCCCAGCAAGAAGAGCAGGUGAAGCUGGAGGUUCCAAGGACAUCAAUGGGUCAUGGCCUGAUCAUUUCCCCUCAGGCCCAGGGGAGCCAAGUAUCCACUGGAGGCCCCCAGGUGGUCUUCCUGAAGACCUGCCACCUCAGAACUCCCAUGGGCGACAUGAAGCAGCAGGAUGUAGCUGACCAGUGGAUCUGGUUUGAGGGGCUGCCCACACGCGUCCACCUCCCAGGGCCCCGGGUGAUGUGCAGAUCCUCCACCCUGCGCUUGGUCAAGCGUUGCUGCACCCGCUACUGUUCUGCAACACUGGAGCUGCCUAUGUGCCAUCUAUACAGAGUGGUGUGACCCUGGAAGGAAGCCAGAGGGGCAAGGAGAGGGCAGAAAUCACGGAAAUCAUGCAAUCAGCUGAACGAGAGGGAUGGGCGGGAAAAUUCACGAGUCUACAAAUAAAAUCUCCCAUAUGGCACUGAAGACUACUCCUGCUGGCGUUGCCCGUUUGUCUGGGGCUGGGAAGGAUGGAGGGAAGAGCCCCUCGGGGGAAGUGGGGAGAGCGCGUGUGCGUCACCACUUUGGGAUUCCCUCACUCCCACUCCCAUGCCC